ACAUCGUCCAAACCACUCUUUCCCUCCCUUGCCUUGCUCUGCUCCGCUCGCGGGCGAUCCUCUCCACUCCUCCAAUGGCGCCGCCGCCCACCACGCCCUCCUUCCUCCGCCCGCCACCGCUACCCCACCGCCCUCACCUGCGCCUGCUCUGCCGGCCUCCCUCCGCCUCCUUCCGCGUCUCCGAAAUCCUCGGCGGCCGCGGCCUCUGCAACGGCGAGGUCGGCGUCCGCAAGGAACUCGCCUCCACCCCUCCUCCUUCCACCACCGUCUCCUCGCCCGAGUCCUCCACAGGGUCCACGCCGACGGAGGCCGCCCCACCAGCGGUGGACCUGGACGCCUUCGAGAAGGAGCUCCUGGGCCUCACCGGCGGCUUCCCCGGCGGCGAGGUCGGCCUCAAGGACUUCGUCGCCAAGAACCCGCCGCCUCCUCCUCCUUCCAAGAAAUCCGGGUCCCAAACCCAAGCCGGCAUCUCCGCGCCGCCGCGGCCGCCGGAGCUCCCGCUGUUCCUGCCUGGCAUGGUGGUGCUGGUGAAGAACCCCAACAACGCCUACCACAUGUACUGCGGGAUCGUGCAGCGCGUCACCGACGGCAAGGUCGCGGUGCUCUUCGAGGGCGGCAACUGGGACAGGCUCAUCACCUUCAACCUCGACGAGCUCGAGGGCAGGGAGAAGGGCCCGCCCAUGGUCAACCCCAAGUCCGUGGUGCUAGAGGACCUCGUCGCGGAGCUCGUGGAUGAUGACGAUAAAAAGGAGGACCAGGCGGCCAAGAAGGAGAAGGAACCCGAGGGCACUGUCGCAGCGGCGUGACCAUGCUUCUUGUUCCAGCUAUCCUGUAUGUAUGUAUACAGCUAAAAGGUUUGGGGGCUAAAGGGAGUGAUAAUAUAUAUAACUGUUAUAUGUAUAGUUGGAAAAUAUUAGUGUGAAUUGGGGGCAUUGAACAAUUGAAGGGUUUGGAGAUCAACCAAGCUCUCUUGCUAAUUGCGAUAUGUUUGAUCACACUUGUCGUUCGACCUG